GGAGUGUGUAAACCGGAUGGAAGAGCCGAAGGUGUGAUUCAGCGGUGGCCAUGUUGGACAAGAGUUUAGAUUAGAGCAAACAGUUUGUUUCUGAAGAUCGCGACUUAAGGACUAAAUAAGGAAACCGCACCUUAACUAGAACUACCAUGGAUCCCUACGACCAGGCACGCCUUCGGAAAAACCACACCAAACUCCUGGACAAUAUAGAAUCACCCCACCUCAUCCACUACCUUUUCGAAAAGGAGGUUCUCUCCAUAGAUGACUUGGAAAGAAUAGAAGCCAGAACGACAACCAGAGAUAAGAACUUUCAACUCCUUACCAUGCUGCCCAGGAGAGGGGAAGGCGCUUACGGACAUUUUGUGGGCGCCUUGAAGGAUCAGAAAGUGAAAGUUUAUGAUGAGCUAGUUGAACUGUUGGAGAAGACGGACGUUAGUGAUGUAGACCCGAAAAAGUCAUCAUCAUCAUCAACACAAGGAGGGGCAUCAGGAGUGACAACAUUUACCACUCGAAGUACGGCCAACACCAUGCAGGUUUGCAACACCUCCAUCGUCCGUGGCUCGGGAAAUAUUGUCAUCAACACGGGAUCGGGAUGUACCAUCAACAGAUACACCAACGUCCCUCCGCCUAAACCUGUGGGGAGGGGGGCUAUCAGGAAACCACCUAAUCCUAAAAAAUAGUCAUAUCAAAUAUUUGUCUACCUAUAGCUGAAUCAAGUAGUUUUUAUUGCAACAUUCUUUGUUAAAGGUCAACAAUAUUUACUAAUAAGC